UAUCUUCCUUUACACCAACGACAUUCCUUCUUUGCCUCCUAUUAAUAGUAAUAUGGUGUAUGUACGUCUCAGUUCUAAAGCCACGGCCACUGCCUCGAAUGAAGACAUUUGCUUUACAGGAAUAAUUAUCUACAGCAAGACAAAACACAUCUGACGUCUCGUGUCGAGACUUUUAUAUAAACGUGGCCCAAAUAAAAUGACGUUUAGCUCGUGUUUGGAUUGCCUCCAUGUUCAGCCUCCAUGUUCUUCCUGCUCUGUGAUAUGUGACAUGCGCGGUGUUCGGCAAUACAAUCAUGCAGCUGUACUCCACACUACACUCAGGAUAAAGCCUGUACGUGAAUACGACAUACUAUUUAUUGAUUUUGUCCUUUCGACUUCGCUCGGCUUUUAAAGUGCACUCUAAAGAAGAUAAGUGGUGACCUAGGUGUUUAGAGGGCGCGUCUUACAGGUCGUUGGCCAUAUUUGCCCUUGACGUUUCCUCCUAGCCUGAACAACAUGCCUCUCUGUCAUCUUUCUCCAUAAUACAUUAAUGAACGUGUGUGUGGAUGGUCUGCAUUUGAAGCCAGCUAAUAAGAGAGGUGUAGGGUAGUGGACAAGGCCUGCUGUAUAUCCCAAACUGCCUACACUCAUAGUAAACAAUGUCAAAAUAGACUGCCACUUCCUGUUGUUAGUACAUGUAUAUGGGCUGAACUUGAGAUGACAAUCUUUUGGAAAUACAAUGCAUUAUAUAUGUUCAGGAAAACGUUGUCAUAUACAAUGUAGUGCACUUAUAUAGAGAAAAGAGAAUCUUUUGGGAUUCAAUCAGUGUUAUUAAAGAGAUUGCUGUUUUGUGUCUAACGUCAGACUUACUGUAAUAUGCAGAAUGUUUGUGAGAGUGUGUGAAUGAUAGUCAAAAGAGAAUAUGAAUGUUUGGAGCGUGAAGGGCGGCACAGAGACCUUCAUCAGGCAGUCCUGAACUGUCUCGUGGGGGAAUCUGUCUCAUCUGACAGACUGUCACAACAGAUUAUACUAGCUGAACUGUGUAAAUAUGUACCCAUAAAUAGGUGAGAAUCUCCAAACUCUUGAACAAAACAUACAUGUGUAAUUGUGUUUGGAAACGUUGAUGGUGACAGAGUAUAAUAAUCCACAAUUAAUCCCAUUAAUUACAGUCUAAUUAAUGGUUGCGUUUGUAUGUUGAUAUAAAUCUAUAACACAGAGUGUUUAAAAACUUGUCAGUGUUUACAGUAGGUCUUUGCUGAAGUCUGGAGAUCAUUAAUUGGUCACCAGCUGGAUGAUGUCCAGGUCCUUAUAGCUCCAAUCAUGUGUAGAAAAACUGAGACAUGCUUAAAUGCCAAGGAUCAUUGCUCCCUUUCAAGUGCUGUGUUUUGAUUUUUGGACCUAGGUUCGAGGAGAGUUAAAGUAAAAGGCAUUUACUUUCACCUUAAAAAAUCUGACAAACUGAAGCAGUGUGAAGAUGGCAUAUGCAGGUGACCGACUGUAUAAAGAGGUUAUCAGGAAAAUGAUGGGUGAUUUGGCCACAAAAGUCAGAGUGAGAGAAAUCAUAGCUUACUUGCCCUGCCUCACACUUUCUGAUCGGGAGGAGAUAGAGGCUAAAAGAGAAACCUACGGAAACUACAAUGCUAUGAUGGUACUGCUUGAUAACCUACAGAGACGAGAGAACUGGCCUGAUCAGUUUAUCUCAGCACUUCGGACAUGCGAACAGUGGGCUCUGGCUAAUAAGAUCAGUGAAGAAUAUGACAAAAUAAGGGGAAUCCACACCCAGAGAAGAACCGCUGCUGCUGCUUCGGCUCCUGUCCUUCCUGCUGUUGCAUCUGUCAGUCCUGCAGCACCUCCUGCUCCUGCGCCUGCCCCAGCUGCUGCUGUACCCAGUCCAGCCCCAGCUCCAGCAGAAGCUUCAGCAACAGUGACCACAGCGACAAUCCACAGUGUCCCGUGCUCCACCCCACCCUUUCUCACAACUUCAGUGGAAGCCUCAGCUCAGCCAGCUACUCCACUUAUAAAUUCUCCCCCAGGGCCCUAUUCCAACAUAGCUGCUCCAGCCUCGACGGAAGCCCCUGCUUUAGUUUCAGCCCCAGAUGCCCUAGUACAUGCUCCUCCUGAAUCAGCCCAACCUGCUGAACCCCCAUUGUCGGUCUUGGCUUCAGAUGCAAGGCCCCCUUCUCCAGUCUCUGCUCCUACAUUGACCCCCUCUAUUGGGCAAAGUGAAGUCCCAGGUGCUUCUGCCCCUAUAAAUUCUUCCCCAGAGCCCUGUUCUAACAUUGCUUCUCCAGCCAUGACUGAAGCCCCUGCCUUAGUUUCAGCCCUAGAGAAUUCAGUACAGCCUCAUCGUAAACCAGCCCACCCCGCAGAACCCCCACUGUUAGUGCCACAUGCAAUUCCCCCUUCUCCAGUCUCUGCUCCUGAGGUAACCCCCUCUGUUGGGCAACGUGAAGUCCCAGUCGACUCUAGAAAAACACCCACACUGGGUAUCUCAGGUGGCCCCACUAAUACUGCCCUUUCUGGACAAUCUUCAAUUACUGCAUGUACCCUUCCAACUUCACCUCAAAAGAGCAAUGUUCCAGUGGCAGUCGUAGAGAGCUCCAGUUAUGUGAAACACCCCAUCCAAGACUCAAGUCCUCAUGGGACUGUCUUAGGACAGGACUCACAGAACAACCCAACAAUCACUCAGGUUGUACACACUGCAGUGUCGCCAAACUGCCAGACUCAGGAAACAUCCCAGAGAACAGCACAGGCCACACCUUCAGCAUCUACAGAUGCCGUUGCUGGUUGCUUGUCCAACUUAGCAGCAGAAAACGAAGAGAAUUUUAGCAAGCCUGAUGUCCUAAGAGGAGAGGAACCCUUCUCAGUCAGUUCUGACCGUCUGCAGAUCAGCCAUAUGACCAUGGAACGCUCACCAUUCCAACCUCAAGCUGUGCCAAACCCCUACAGGGCUGAAGAACCUGUUGAUGAGUCUGUGUCAGUCACUACUGAUGAUCCGAUGUUCAGCUCUUCUACCACAGCUGUUUUGUCACAGCAUGUUUCUGAUUCUGUAGUCCCUGUUCAAAACUCUGCUCCUAGGGCCCUGGAAAAUGGCUUUCAAGAAGUUCCCUGUCCCAAUCAGCCAGUGGAGGACCACUAUGAGUCCAUCUGUCAAAGUUUGCAGACAAGAGUGCACAUUGUUAAGGUUUCUGAAGGGCGAUCAGUCCAAAAUCUCAGUGGUCAGCCUCCAAGCAUGGUUAGACCAACCACAGCAAGAUUAAACGACAAUGGUAAAACUGAGAGUAUUGUUCAGUCUAUUUCUGAAGAUCAACCUAGCCGUCACAUCCAGGACAUCUCACAGUGCAUACAGGAAAAUAAUGCCAGUGAGCAGGCUAGUCCUUCUGCAGGUUUAACAACCUAUGCAGAGCCAGCAUACCCGGCUACUGUUCAAAAGUCAGAAUUAAAAGCUUCAGGCCAGAUUAACAUCCCUCAAUCAGAGCAGAGAGAAGAGUCCCAAGGAGUGCUUCAGCGAUUUCAGUCUAGCUCGCACCUUAUUGUAGCUGCAGCUGUUUGCAUGGCUGCUGUUUUUGUGGCCUGGAGGCUCAAGUACUAAUAUCGGAGCUGCUAUGUGCCACCACUGGUGCCUUAAAACAUGACCAAGUUGUCUUAGCAUACCGCAAGAUUGCUCUGGCCAUGUUUUUUAUUUAUUACCUUUACACUAUAUUAUGUCCUGUAACUGACCAGGAUUCACUGACCAAGUAACUAACCAGCCCUGUGCUUGUGAUGAUCAUGUGGAGAUUUAAAUGAGUGAUUAAACAAGUAAACCUAUUAUUUACCACUUUGAUUUCAAACUUACUGACUGUUAGUUAACUCAGCUGCAUGUGAAUCAUGUAAUCAAUUAAAGCUAGUACUUGUGUGAUCUAUGCAAUUACACAUUUUAUUUCAUUCAAGCCAUUUCAGUCAGCCAGCCUGUGUUAAUAUUAAGCAUACUGCCUCACAAAACAUUCAUUUCCUGUGGCUCCUUCUGCAAUAUACUGCAUUCUAAUUUUGACUGUCUUACAGACAUCAUCUAGAAUACAAGUAUGUGUAUAGUAGAAAUCAUUGAAUGUGUUGUCAUUGCAUCUAGUGCUAGGGUACUUACGCUACAAGCUCAAUAAACUUAACAAACCUUCCAAGUAGAAUCCUAUACUGUCCUUACAGGGGACCCAUUGAAAACCUCUCAAGGUUAUUUUGGGAAAUAAUAAAAACUGAGUACAAUCUUAACUGAAUUUGACUGUGAAUACAGGGCUUUUUUUUUCAAAGCCCUAUGGUUAUACAAGUGAAUAAUGAAAGUUGAGUUAUUUAACUUAUAUUGCCACAUCAUAUACGGGGUGCCCAAGUUUGUAUAGCUAUAUCAGCUAUGCUAUAUUUGUAUUUCAAAUACAUCAGGUAUGAUUCCAUGUCCUAAUUCACCUUAAUAUAGUUUAUGUGUAGACUCAUGCUCAAUUACAAAAGGUCAUUAUAAAUUUGCAGCCUUGUACGAUAUUUUAAAGUUUUCACCAAAAAACACUGUGUAGAGGUACAUAUGAUAUAUUUAUAGCAUCUAGACCAGUGCACAUGCAUUUGCCAACCAUGUAAAAUUAAUGCCUGUUUCUCUUUGUAAUGUGAUGCUGAUAAGUAUCACCUUAGUUUGCUAAUUCACUAGGAUAUAUAAGCCUUUCCUAGUUGCACUCUAUUAAUGAAAUUGAGAUUGUAUACACUGAGUUUUCACUUUAUUUAUGUACACCUUGAAUUUUGUGGCUACUUUUUAGGAAUAAAAUUAAAAGCUGUUCAUAUGCACUGUCAGCUACCCUCUGACCUGUCCAGGAAAGGACAGAGCACCACUGAGCAGACAUUAAGUGGGUGAUGGGGCAAAUUCAGCAUGUAAUUUUAGGGUUUGAGACAUUACUGGAAUUAUUAAACACCUGAGGGAUUAAGAAUAGACCACUAACACAAAGAUCUAGCCAGUAGCAGCCCUGUGUUCAGAAUCCGAACUGAUGAAGGGCAAGAGGACAAUCAACACAGUGAAUGGAAAAAAGACCUAGUCUCUAGCUGUAGACAUAGUAGGACUUUCUAGAGGCCAGUAAGUGUACACUGUGUUUCUCACAUUUAAUGUUGCACCACACAAAUAAUAUCUGCUCAUUGGUGGUUCUGUAAUGGUCUGUUUUUAUUAAUGGAUGGGUUAGAGGUUAACUGACAAACUGCCUAGCAACAGACGGGCUACAGUCAGUAAUUGUAUACCUACAAAGUGCAUAUGCUGCAUGGGCAUGAAUAAACAGCCAGUAAUUGUAGUUACAAAGCAGGUAUACCAAUAAAGCAACAAUUCGAUAGGUGUAGCUAUAAAGUAGCAACUUAGUUUAUGCUCUUUAUGUGUUUUUUUUUUGUUUGUUUGUUUGUUUGUUUUUUUGCUCUAAAUUCAGAUAUAAAUAAACAUGUUUGUGGGAAUUAAUGGGAAUUAAAUAAAACGGUACCUGCGGAAAACA